AUGCUCUCGUUACUAAGUACCAUAUGCAUUGAAUCUUUGACAACAGAUCUCUCUGAAUGCAUAUAUCAAGACUUUAUUGAUCUAUCUCAAAGGGUUUCAGGAUCUUUUAAAGUACAAAUUGAAAAAGGAGGAAAAUUAUGUUAUAUUGGAACAUAUCUUAUAGCUGGUCUAUCGGAUUAUCAAGUUACAACAAGAUUUCCUGAUAAAACUGGUAAAUACGGUGAAGAGCAAACGUUUAAUAAUCCUUUUAUUAUUAGUCAUACAACACCAAUAAAAGAGUAUUAUUUACCUCUUUCCAAAGUUAAAUGUUCAAAUCCAGAGAGCACAUGUAACGUCCAAAUUCUUCCAAUUCUACCUCAUGUUGAAGGUAAAACAACUAUACGAUUCGUGAAUACCCCAUUAAAUCUUAAUAUUGAUCUACAUCACCAUUCGGUAUUUUCCACAAUGAAAAAAUUCAAUAAAGAAGUUAGAUAUUCGAUGGAGUUUACAAGUACAAAAGAUGCUGAUAGAUCAAAUGGGAACUUAAAGGUGAAUAUGGAAUCAUUUUAUCUCAUUGGCAAUUCAAGAAAGAGAAUUACAUUAACAAAAUCAGAAAGGGAUAAAUAUACGUUUCCUACUUUCGCUGAUUUAGCAGAAGUUGGUUCAAAAACAUUUCCUGCAAAUGAAUUAAUUCUUCCACUUGAUCCAAGAAAAUUAAUUAAUGAUAUUUUUAAUUUAGAUGACCCACCUGCCGAAGGUGCCCAUACUCGUGUCACUUCACACGCAUAUUUAGAUGGAAAUUAUACGUUAGAUGUAGAACCAGUUCCAGAAGCAGCAGAAGGUGAAGAUGAUAAAGUUAGUUACUUUAAGGAUGAUAAGGAAUACAACCUAACCCAAUAUUCAACUGUUCAAACAAAAGAAGAAGCAUAUCAAUACACAUUAACAACUCAAAAUUCAAAUGGCCAACCUCCUGAAAAGAAAAGUGAUGAUAAUCAAACUCCAAAAGAACCGACAAGAACCCCCGAAUCUCCAAAUGACUUGAAAGAGAAUAACUCUAAACUGGGAGGUGGAGCAAUCGCUGGAAUUGCUAUUGCAAUUGUAGCUAUUAUAACUAUAGCUGCAUUAGUUGGGUUUUUCGUUUAUAGGAAAAAGCAAAACAAAGAGAAAUCUUCGUCAUCAAAUAAAAAUGAUGACGAGGAAGCAAAAGUUUAA